AUGAAUGAGACGUCUCCCUCCCUCUGCUCCAUCUCCGUCUUCCUCAACCUCUGCGCCUCCUCUAAGGUCCUUCUUCUGGUUCCCGGCUUCGGCCUGAACAUCUUCAUCCUGAUUUCCCUGGCGUCCAGUUUGCUCAGCGGGCAGAGCAAGAUAAGGAGCAACGUGGCGGCGUUCGUCCUCGGCAGCACCGUCUGCAACCUGGUCAGCCUCGGCCUGUGGCCCAUGACCAUCCACUGGCGGCAGCACGGACACUGGCUGCUGGGCUCCCGCCUGUGCGAGGUCAUGGUGGCCGCCAAGCACCUCGCCAGCUCCGCUUCCUUCCACUACGUGUCCUUCAUCACCUUCUCCGUCUACCUGACGGUGGUGUGCGGCCGCCAGCGGCUGGUGGACAGCAGGGCGUUCCUGGCGCUGCAGCUGCUCUUCCCGCUGCUCCCCGUGGGGCUGAAGGAGCUGGCCCUGUGGCUGUUGGGGCGCCACGUGGACCACCUGGAUCCCGCCAACCUCACCUGCUUCUCCUUCAUCAACGACCAGGCCGUGCGCGUCCUCUUCCUGGUGAAGACGGCGGUGUUUUUGCCGCUGAGCUUGUAUUUCUACGCUCAUGUGCUGCACACCAUCGUGAAGAGUGCGAAGGUGAUGCACAGGAGCCAGAGAGUCAACGUCCAGCUGGCCAAGGUGUUCAGCCUCAUAUCUCUCAUCACCUUCACGGCGCAUGUACCUGGUGCUGUGUUUGCAAUGAUGAAGCACUCCUCUGUGUGUCAGGAGAUGGUCAGGGAUUUGCUGCUGGACCUGCCUUUGCUGUCCAGCCCCAUAAUCCUCCUCUGCAUGAAUAAGGAGCUGAGAAACCAGUGUGUCCUGCUGCUUCACCGCAACCCUCCCAACCACGAUGCGGGAAGGAAAAACAAGGCGGACGAGCAGCACAGGACCCUCACCACUGAAGACACAGACCCGGUGCCCUGCCAUCCAGAACAUUAA